CCCACAUUAAAUCUUUGACCUAUGCCUGAAUCUGAUCAUGACAGUUCGAUUCAACGGUUUUUUAAACUGAAAGAUCACAGUAUUUGUGGUAUUCUAUUGUCUCCUAUUGUAUUGGGUUUUACUGUCGUUAUUUACGUCCUGUCCAAAACUGCCAAUGAUCUUUUAUUCUCUUAUGCUAUUGCGGUUACUACUAUUAUUGGUAUCCUAUAUUUCAGCAAUUCUCAUCCACCUCAACAAGUCUUUAAACAACAAACCUAUAUAUCUCUUUGGAAUGAUGAUGAUAAUCAAAAGCUUGACCAAGAAGACCAAUAUAUCAAACUUGACUUGUUUUACCCGCCUUUAACGAGAAUCGUAGAACAAUUAUUGGAAUUUUUUUAUCACGAUUUUGUUCAAAGCUGGUGGAAUCCUUUACAAUCCGGUUAUGAUGAUGAAUUCGACAAGACUAUCAAGUUACGUCUGAAUGCUGCUAUUACUAGUGUGGAAAAGACUUUAUUAAAGCAAGAACGAAACGAUAUUGUCAUGUCAAUAAUGUAUGGUCUUGCCAAUACUCUUAUUAUUCAUAUGAGAGAAUGCCGGACAUUCGAAACUUCAGAACUGCCAAUGGAAGCUUAUAUCUUGGAAAAUCCUCAAUCACCUUUUGCACAACUUUUACCUAAAAAAGAACAACAUCAUCAACUUCGUGGGCUCAGCAACACCAUUUUGAAACGUAUUCUACCAGUGACCGAUGUGAAUUCUCGUGUGGUCAACAGUAUGCUCAAGGAACUAUUAGCCACUCAUCUUUUUGGGAAUAUUCUAACUAUAUGUAGUGAUCCUGAUUUUAUCAAUGGUUGGAUCGUCCAAUACCUAUCUGAACCUUCAACUGGAAUCUCCAACAAGACUGAUACUGACUCUUCUUCUUCAUUGAAUGAGGUGGAUGGUCUACGAAGCUUAGUUGAAAAAGCAACUGAAGAUGCAAUGGCAGCAGAACAACAACAACAACAAGAUCAUAGUCAACAAUCUGCUUCUGAUUCUUUGAAGACUGAUUCUCAACAAAAACAAAACACGACCAUCAACAAUGGCAACAAAAGAGACGAAAUUAGCAGCGAUCCGAAUGAUACAACUUCUUCAAAUAUAGCACUUCAACAAUCUUCACCAUCUACUCCUGAACCAAAUCGAACUUAUUUUUACAGGAACAAUACAUCAUCAACGACAACUGGCAGCCCAUUAAGUCCUAUAGACGAUAGCAAACGGCGUAUGACAUUAUCAAAAGCAGAUGAAGCCAUGUUACAAUACCCAAUGAUUUACCCUUAUGGUACCGUCAGUUUUAGUGUGAUGGACAUAUCACCUUCUCAAGAUCCAACAAAUGUAGACAAAUCUAGAUUGAUGUAUAUCAUUCAAAUUGAACGACCGGCAAUGCAGGAAUCAUCAGGUUCUGAAGGUGGUGGAUACGUGAUCACAAGAACAUACAAUGAUUUUGAUGUCUUCCAACAAUUAAUGCGGGCCAAACAUGGAAAACGGGUAGCACGACUCAACUUGCGAUUACCUUUGGAUACGACACGAUCUUGGCUUCGAAAGAAAAAACCGACAAUAGGAGGAACUAGUGGAGGAUCUGUCUCGAUAACAAGUAUGAGCAAUGGUAUCAACGGAACCGAUGGAGAGGGCUCUAUAUCUCAAGGAUUGGAAUACUAUCUGGACACAGUUGUGGGAGAUGCUGAACUUGGACGUGAUCCUGUCAUAUUGGCCUUUUUACGAAAAGAACGAGCAACGGAAAAUGGUACAACACAGACAGAACAUUCAUUUGCAGAGGAAUACAGUGAUGAAGUACUCGCCUAUACAACAUCCCCUUCCACAUCUCAACCUUCGGAUACAAAUCAGUCAACAUUAUCUAUGGGAAUUCGUGCGAAAUCCAUCUUCGGUCGAUCAAGCUUUUCUAAUGGCGGUGGGGGAUCAGCAGCAAUAACUUCAUCAUCAUCAUCAUCAUCUAAUUCUAUUCUAUCUAUAUCAACACCAACAGAUGAAGAACGUCCUUUUGAUGAUGUAGAAAGUACCAAUAAGAAACGAAUGAAUGGAAAUGUGACACGUGAAAACUCGAUCUCAAGCAUGAAAAGCAACAGUACAACAAAUCAAAGUCAAUCAGAGGAAGAUAUGGAAGAGGAUGAUAAAGAAAACAGAAAUCAUUUACUUUUACGACAACCCCCAAUUGGCAAUACAGAGCGAUUACAACAAAAACCACUUUCAGCAAUGGAUACGGAAUUAUUGAUUGAAACAACGUUUGCAUUAAUUGUAGAAAUCUUUGACUUGACAACAGCAAACAACAAGGCGUGGAUGCGACGGUCACUAUUGAAUGUACUACGUGAAAUUGUGCGAAGAUCGUAUACCGAAUUGAUAUCCAAGCAAUACAAUGAUUAUAUCCAAGCAUAUUUAUCACCAGAUGCAUUAGUAGGAUGGAUGGAAUUGAUCAAGGAUAAAUUUUGGCCCAAUGGAUCUUAUCAUUCUGACACACAACAACGAACCAAGGAAGAAAAGAAGCAAACAGAACAGCAAGCAAAGGUACUUUUGGUUCAACGUGCCAUCCCUGGUGGAGUACGACAAUUGAUUGGUGAUCAAAAUUGUACCUUAUCUAUGGAACGUAUUUGGAAUCGACUACAAGAUGAAGAUCUUAACCGUGUCUUAGUUCUUCAAGUGCUUGAACGGGUAAUAAGACCACUCUUUGGUUAAAAAGUAGUUUUAUUGUUUUGUAGAUAAAUUUAUUUUGAAAAUAAAAAACCCUUUUUUUUUUUAUUGACGAUCGUUUUACGUCUCCAUUAGUUUUAUCCCAAUAUAGUGCUUAUUAGUAGACAUAGGAUAUAUUCACCCCUUUCAUUUGCGUUUCAUUCUAAGUGUUUUGUUAAUGGGUACUCAGGAGAAAGACAAGUCUGUGGGCUGCUAAGUUUAUAAAUCGGACAUCGAAUGAAUGCAUUACACACAUACGCAUACAUACUUUUUUAUAUCAGAUAGGAGAUCGGAAAUGAGAAGGCUUUAAAUAUAGAUGAAAAAAAAAAAAAGAGGUCUGUGUGCGAUACCGAAAAAAGUG